AUGGUGCGCGUGCCCGGAUCUACUAGUCCGAGAGGGGACGUGAAGGUGAAGGGUGAGGCAAUGGGGACGCCUGAGCCGAAGGAUUUCGUUUACGAAGAGAAGUUCCCCGUUAAGGCUCCGAAAGGAGCCGUCCGGGACUCGGUCCAAAAACCGAGUUCCAUUGGACCUGCUGCUAAGCGGGACCCCGGCGUCGCUGAAAAGCGAGGUCGAAACCUGGAGCGCGAGCAUCUAAAGGGGGUCAUCCGCGACCCCGCUGCCCGAAGCGAUGCUCUAGACGCUGCGAUGGACUACAUGGAAGUCGAAGAUACGAAGAAGAAAGCCGAGAAGAAAACGGAGAAAUUGGAGAUCUCGGCGCUAGCGGUCCAUGGCCCCAGCAACGAUACUCACGAUGAAGACAAACGAUUUCGUGAAGCCGAAGUCAACUACUUCCGUCAAGAGCUUGCGCUCCUGCUCCAGAGAGAUCCGCUCCUGCUUCGCAACCCGCGCACGCUAACAAUCCGAGAUCCGCUUCACGCCGUCACGAUGCUGUUCUGCGUGCUCGAAGAUGCUGGUUUCAAGGACGCGGGAAGUCUGCGCAAGUGUCAAAUAUUGCGCAGACUCGCCCAGCGAGAGGACCACGUGGGAGGAUCCAGGAGGCUCAAGAGGUUGCAACAGAGCCCGAUCGCCCCGGCGGUGUGGCUCAAGACCUUCUUUACCAGUUUGCGAACGAGCGAGACGAGCCUGAAGACGUUGAGAUGCAACCCGUCACUGCGUCUCCCGCUCGGCCACACACAACCGGAAUACCAAGGAGAUCUCCAUGACCUAUCCGAUGACCUCGGCUAUGGUGGAGGUGGCGGAACCGGAGGUCGUGUCGCAGCUGUGUCCACGGCGACUAGGUUGCGAGCAUCGGCUGUGUCCGAACUGAAGGACUUCAGCGGCAAGGAACAUGACGAAGAAGCCGCCCGAGCCUGGUUCAACAAGCUGAGCCGCACCGCUCGCGCGUCGUGGACUGACCUGGGUGAACAGUUCCAGAUCCACUUUUGCGGUAAAGGGAUGUCCCUCGCGCGCAAGUACUACCACAUGCGGCGCGGGAGUCAGGAAGACCCACUGGAUUACUUAUACCGGCUGAAUCUGGCCGGGAUACGUGCAAACUUGAAGAUCCAUGAUGGCACCAAGGAACAACGACGUGAACACGUCGACCACUACAUCGAUACAGUCCAAGAUGACGAUCUCGCCGGAUCUCUGGUAGUGUUGAGGCUGCCUGACUCAGAAGCUCUCGAAGGCGUCCUGUUGGCCAUGCGACGCCGCCACCAACGCCGCAAGAUUGAGACCCAAGGUUCGAAAUACCGCCAAAAGGCUCCCGCCCCUGCAGCCUCCUCGAGGGCGGUGCGGGUUGUGACUACCGGUCGCGGACGCCGCGGAGAUCAAGAAGAUCUCGAGUUCGAGGGCGAAUCAAGCAGUUCUGAUAGCGAAUCUGAAGACGAAAGAGCGCACGUGUUUUCGGCAGCCAGGACGCCUACACCAGGAGAUGGUGAACAGCCAGGGGCGCGCCAAGACCGCGAAGACCAACUGGGGCGCCCGAAGUACGGCACUCGAUGCUCACACUGCGGAUCUCGCAAGCAUACGGAUCUCGGGUGCUGGAAGAGGCUCACGUGCCAGCAGUGUGGACGCAUGGGCCAUCCUACCGACAAGUGCUUCUACGUCUGCAAGUGCUGUGGAGACGUUCACAAAGCAGGUCUGUGUAAAAUCGGCGACUUCUUCUAUGCUGUUCGCCAAUGGUACAACCCGACUCGCCAUGCCGGACUGCUGCCCGAGAGCGUCGAGAAGGCGUUAAACUAG